AGUUCUCCAAACUAACGCUAGACGUCAGUAGAAGAAUUUCCAGAGUUUUUUUUUCCUUCUCUUGUUUUCCGGGAUAUAAAGUGAAACUGCAGCUGGUUCAAAACUUAGUUGUCCUGCUUUAUUUUUAGUGGUUUGGUCAUCAGUGGAGGCGGGAAGGAUGUCGGCUGUGAAGAUGACUGAGGGCAGCGUGCAGGUGGAAAGCUGCAAAGCUCCACUGUUCUACAGACAAAGUGAACCUGCCACAGGAGACGCAAAGAUGUCGGUUUUACUUCUGCACGGGAUCCGCUUCACGUCAGAAAACUGGCUCAACAUCGGCACUCUGGAGACCCUGGCCACAGCGGGCUGCCGCGCCGUCGCCAUCGACCUGCCAGGACUUGGUCGGUCCGCGUCAGCCCAAGGCCCGGCAGCGCUGGGGGAACUGGCUCCUGCAGGUUUCCUCAAGGAGGUGUGCGAGCAGCUGAGUCUGAGUCCGGUGGUGGUGAUCAGCCCGUCCCUCAGCGGGAUGUAUUCCCUCCCCUUCCUCCUCCAGCACCAGGCUCUGAUAAAAGCCUACGUCCCCGUAGCUCCCAUCUGCACGGAAAAAUUCACAGCGGAGCAGUACGGGAGUGUGAAGGUCCCGGCGCUGAUCGUGUACGGUGACCAGGACACUCAGAUGGGAGAGGCGUCCCUGCGUAACCUCAGCAACCUGCCCGCUCACAGCGUGGUGGUGAUGAAGGGAGCGGGUCACCCCUGUUACCUGGACGACCCGGACACCUGGCACAAGGCUCUCACAGACUUCCUGGAUACGCUGUGAAGCUCUGUAUUUGUGUGUGUGUGUGUGUAGGGGGGGGUAGGGUGUUCUCAACCACACAUGAUCGACUCAUAGGAGCCACACAAUCACAUUAUUCAAAUCUUUUCUAAUGGCAGCAGGUUUGUUCAUGAUUUAACAUUUUUGGGAAUUUGCUUCCUUGAAGAGACGACUGAUGCCUUUUUUCCUGUGGGCUUUUGAAGUUACAGCCAGUAGAUAUAACAAUAUAUAGUAGAUAUAAUAUAAUAACGUAGAUAUAUAAUAUAUAGUAGAGCAAAUCCACAAACGCGUUUAAAGCUGAGCUGGAAACUGGAUGCAGUGCCGUGUUUACACUGCAAAUGACAACAGUUACAAGGUGACCAAGCAUUGCCAAAACUACGUGGAAGCGUUCCUCAAGCACUCAUUGAAGUUGUUAUGAACUGGUGAAAUAAACAUGAAGCCGGCUCACUGUCGACUAGUAGCGUGUCACGUCUGUCGCGCCGUUACAAGUGUUGGCAGUCAGUUUGUAGCUUGUGUCAUUUCUCACUGAAAAUGAUUUGUGGCCUGCUGGUUUACACCUUUUUUUUUUUUUUUAUACCAAGAUAAAGUGUGUUAAAUAGUGAUGUACACUACCUGCUGCGUUUGUGUCAUAAGCAGUCUGGUGUAGCCAUUAAGAUUUCAUUACGGGGCGUUUCAGCUGAUACAGAGAAAAAAAAACGAAUGUCACGUGAGCCCAACCGAAAAACCAAAACACCACGCCAUGAAAUGAAGUGAAAAAUAUGAACAUUAUUUAAUAACUGAUUCUCUGUAAUAAACAAUUUGAAAAUA